GCGCAGCAGCUCUCGCUGUAGCUGUGUUGUGUGUAGUGAGAUUCGCCGACAGUCGCUGUGCUGUUUCUUCAGUGAAUGUGGUGGAAGAAGGGAGCUGAUGAGCUGUGAAUGAGUAAAUAAGAGAUAAUAACAGAUCGGUCUCGAGCUCGGAGUAGUCAGGAUGGACCCCUCCCUGCUAAGAGAGCGUGAGCUCUUUAAGAAGAGGGCUCUGUCCACUCCGGCCGUAGAGAAAAGACCAGCAUCCUCAGAGGCGUCCGGCUCGUCCAAGAAAAAAAAGAGCAAACCCGACAAAGAGUCGUCCUCAGCAUCAAAAAACAACACAGACUCGAGUAAUGGAUCGUUUAAUCUCAAAGCUCUCUCAGGGAGCUCUGGAUACAAGUUUGGAGUUCUGGCACGAAUCGUCAACUACAUGAAGACAAGACAUCAGAGAGGUGAUACUCAUCCUCUGACCCUGGAUGAGAUUCUGGAUGAGACCAAACUGCUGGACAUUGGCAUGAAGCAGAAACAGUGGCUUAUGAGUGAGGCCUUGGCGAGUAAUCCUAAAAUAGACACUCGAGAUGGGAAAUAUGCCUUUAAACCCAAAUACCAUCUGAAAGACAAGAAAGCUCUGGUCAGAUUGUUGGAUAGACAUGACCAGCAGGGUUUAGGUGGUGUGCUGCUGGAUGACGUGGAGGAGGGCCUGCCCAAUGCUGCCAAAGCUAUUAAAGCUUUAGGUGAUCAGAUCUUAUUCGUGACGAGACCAGACAAGAAGAAGAUCCUUUUCUACAAUGACAAACACUGCCAUUUUGAGGUGGAUGAAGAGUUCCAGAAGCUGUGGAGAAGCGUUCCUGUGGAUUCCAUAGAUGAAGAAAAAAUUGAAGAUUACCUGAAGAGACAGGGCAUCUCAUCCAUGCAGGAGACAGGACCAAAGAAAAUGAUCCCGGUGCAUAAGAGGAAGAAGCCGGGUGCACAGAAGAAGAGACGGUUCAAGACCCACAACGACCAUCUGAACGGAGUUCUGGAGGACUACUCAGAAGGUGUUCCCGCCAAGAAGUGAUUCUGACGUGUCGUAACGGCUCAGUACUGCAGAAAAAGACUCGGACAGCGAGGACGGACGCGUGCGUUUUCUCCAGUGCACUGUGUAUCUGAUCAGACCGGUCUAAUUGCCAAACCCACAGUCAGACACACCAGAGGACUAACAGAGACACCGUACAAAUGUGAACUGACUGUACAUAGUUUCUUUAUUUUAUUUGCUUAUAUUUUUGUGCCAGUGCUUUGAGGAAUAUGUUGAAUCCUCUUUUUUGUUUUAGAAUAAAACUUUAAAUGGAGAAAAAG